AUGCUAAACGAAAUCCUUGAAGAAGAUAAAAGAGAGAAUUUAAAUAGUGAUAACAAUGGUGGCAAUGAAGAUGAUGGAUCAGAGUGUACAGCUUGUGCAGAAGAAAAUCCAGCUGCCAGAAAGAGGAUCUGUGAGUGCAUGCAUUUCGCAGAGAACUCUUCGAGGUUCUCCCUGCGCGUAAUGGAGGCAAUGAGGUUAUUGCAGUUCAAAGAGGACCGAUUGCUACCGACCUCCACAGUUCGGAAUAUCGUUGACUACAUUCGAACUAAUUAUCACGACGACGGUGACCUUUACGCUCAGGUGCGAACCGCUCUGAAACAGGUCUGUUCGCAAGGAUUCGUCAUGAAGCUGCUGGAAAAUAGGUAUCACUUGAUCGGACCAAAUGCGAUCUCGAUGAAUCAGACCACCUGCGCGAUUGGUGGAAGAGAUUGCACGAUGUCUUCACCAGUUAAAACACCGGUACGUCGCAGGAAACGCAUCGACAAUGGCAAUGACUAUUGCGAGUGUGAAACGACAACCGACGAAGAAGAACCAGAGCCUGCAGGUAAAAGUCGGAAAGUAUCGACCAGUGAAACGAAAAGAGGCUCUCGAAGACGGAACGAAGAAAUGCCGGGAUGCUCUUGCAACGAACGCAUAGACGAAGACGAAUGCGUAUGCAACGAUGUGCAAGUGCAGAGAAGCAUGAAUGACGAUUCAAGAAUGCACGAGGAACGAGAGAAUAAUAACAAAAGAACAGAUGAAGAAAAACAAAGAAGAAUAACGCGCGAUUCCUUGAUCGAGUCUUCAAGAAGAGACGAGACUGACGAAAGAAGGAGAAGAACAGUGGAUACUGACGAUGGAGCAACGACGGAGAAUGAUAGAUUAAACGUGGAUGAUAUUUACGACGAAUUGCGAGACAGAGUUUCGCCUUCAGAAAUGAAAAAACGCGAGAAAGAGCUGAAAGCGUGGCUUAAACGUUGCCAGGAAGAGUGCAAGCGACAAGAGAAACGAAGAGCCAGAAAUAAUUAA